ACGUGACCUCGAAGACGAAGAUUUGAUGAGUUUGUGUUUGCCGCUGCUUGCUCUAGCGAGGAAGCCCCUACUUCCUCCUUAAUUAUUCCCUAUACCCCUCGUUGUAUUAACAAAACGCUUGUAGAGUCCAUCUAUCAAUAUAGACUUUUAAAGAUGCAUCGAAGAAAGGGGAAAACAUACGGAGUAGCAUCGGGCCACGCGGACGAGGAUGCGCUCCCAACUACGACUUCUACGAGUUUCUUUCAAAAAGGCCGCGAAUUUGAGAGUGUUUACGUCAAUCAUAAGUAUACAGACGAGGAAAAAGAGCAGCUUGCUACGUACGAAAGCGUGGAUUAUCUGCCCCCUCAUAGCUCUGUUUAUAAGAACUGGUUGAAGCGCCAGCCGUCACGUCUGGACUGGGAUCGCUGGGUGAUGAUGGGGCUUAUUGGUUUUACCGUUGGGUUUAUUGGCUUUCUUAUGCAUCAGCUGAUUGAUGUUAUUGCAGAAGUCAAAUGGGAGAAAGCAUCAGAGUAUGUGAAAGAUGAAGACUUUGCAAUGGCAUGGAUCUGGGUGAUGGGGUUUAGUGUAUUAUUCGUCAUUGUUGGCUCAUUACCUGUUGUGUAUUAUCGCCCCUCAGCUGGAGGUUCUGGUAUCCCUGAGCUCAUAGGCUUUCUCAAUGGUACUGUUGUUAGACACAUCUUCAAUGUCAAGACCAUGGUUGUCAAGUUCUUCUCAUGCGUGUGUGCCGUAGGGGCGGGGCUGCCUGUUGGACCAGAGGGUCCAAUGAUUCAUCUUGGGAGUCUUAUUGGUGCGGGACUGAGUCAGUUCAAGUCAGAGACUCUCAAAAUAAACCUUCCUUUCUUUGAGAGGUUCAGAAACACAGAAGACAGAAGGAAUUUCAUCUCGGCGGGGGCUGCCGCAGGUGUGGCGUCCGCAUUCGGUGCACCUGUCGGAGGCUUGCUCUUCUCUAUGGAGGAGGUGUCAUCUUUCUGGAACAUGAAGCUUUCCUGGCAGACAUUCUUCUGUUGUAUGGUGUCUACAUUUACAACGGAUGUGUUCAACUCUGCAUUUACGGGUUUUCGCUACCAGGGAGACUUUGGCUUAUUCAAAACAGAAAAAUACAUCAUAUUCCAGGUCAGUCAUGGUAUAGCACUGAACCUUCUAGCCUUCGUACCUGCUGCAAUCAUCGGGGCCAUUGGUGGCCUGCUUGGAGCCCUCUUUACAUUUCUCAACCUCAAGAUUGCGAGGUUUCGGCGUUACCAUAUAGGAAAUAUCAAAUCCAAAGGAUGGAAAAACCUGGCCAAACUUGUGGAGCCAAUCUUCAUCAUGCUCAUCAUGUCUACCGCAUCUGUAUUCCUCCCCGCUGCUUUCUCGUGCACGCCGUUCGAGUGCGGUUUCACUGCUAAGGGUUUCAGUCCCAAAUGCCUGACGCAUUCCCAUGGUCCUUUUCACACUGAAGUUAACGUGAACAACUACACCUGCCGGCAAGGCAUCACGGUCACCCUUAACAACACCGUCUUUACCAACUCCUCGUACAACGAAGUUGCCACUCUGUUAUUUGUGACGGGGGAGAAAGCCAUCCACCACCUAUACUCAAGGGAGACGCCUUUUGAGCUCGGCUACGCUUCUCUCUUCACUGUUUUGAUUGUGUACUUCUUGCUCGCUUGCUGGUCAGCGGGUAGCGCCAUUUCUAGCGGGCUCGUCGUUCCAAUGCUAUUCAUCGGAGGUGUCUAUGGCAGGAUCAUUGGAAGGGCGAUGGUUGACCUCUUUGGCGCUCACUCUUCAGGUUACUGGCGGUGGAUUGACCCUGGCGCUUUUGCCCUGAUUGGUGGGGCAUCAUUCUUUGGGGGCGUGUCCAGAUUGACAAUGUCACUCACCGUGAUUAUGAUGGAAAUCACUAACGACAUCCAGUUCCUGCUACCCAUCAUGGUUGGAAUCAUGGUGGCCAAGUGGGUGGGGGACUUCACUACCCACCCCCUCUACCACGCCCUUCUGGAGCUCAAGUGCAUCCCAUUUCUCGACUCGGAGCCCGUCAUCCUUCACGAGGGAUCCAGGACAAUAAACCUUGAGUUGUUCUGUGCUUCACAUGCCAUGGCCAAGCCCCCAAUAGUGGUGCACAGAGUGGAAAGCAUCACUAACUUAGCAAAUCUGCUUCUUGAUAAUCCACACGGCGGGUAUCCUGUGGUUCAGCAGGUCGAGAGUGGAGUGGAAGUAUUCGUCGGGAUGAUAUCAAGGAAUGACAUCAGCAUUUUGUUGUCGCGAGAAGAUCUGUUCUCUUCAAGAGAGAAUUUGACAGCGGAAGAGGAGGCUGUGGAUGUCACCAAACUCGACUAUUACCUGAUGAAUAAAGGCUACAUACCACACGCUGACCGCCUAAACGACACCCUCCACCACUACGAAGCGGAUCCGAAGUACCACCGACUGUUUAUCGAAUUGACCCCGUAUGUCAACCACUCAGCGCCCUCUGUCCAGGAGAAUUUCUCACUUCAUCGGACUUACAUCAUCUUCAGAACCUUGGGGCUUAGGCACCUAACUGUGGUUGAUCGACAAAAUCGUGUCAAAGGUAUAAUCACCCGUAAAGAUCUGAUGGGUUUCGAGUUGGAGGAAAAGAUACACGAACAGAUUCACCAUCUCAUGUCCCAAGAGUUGCAGCCCCCGUCCCAGCACAAUAUCGGCUACCUCAGCUAGCAAGAGACAUGAAGCCAGAUAUUGAGAUAUGAUAGCAAGAUAUGAUACCUCAGCUAGCAAGAGGCAUGAAGCCAUAGAUCGAGAUAUGAUAGCAAGAUAUGAUACCUCAGCGAGCAAGAGACAUGAAGCCAUAGAUUGAGAUAUGAUAGCAAGAUAUGACACCUCAGCUAGCAAGAAACAUGAAGCCAUAUAUUGAAAUAUGAUAGCAAGAUAUGAUACCCAAGUGCUAUAUAGACAUAGAAAUUUAGGUGCAGAUAUAGACCAGGACUCACUCUGUGGAGCCCCUAUAUGUACAAA